GUGUCACCAAAGUCUCCAAUUUUGGGAUCUUCUCCUCCCUCCUCUGAAAUGAAGUGACCCCUUAUUCAAAUGGAUUUCAUGAAUUUGAUGUCAGCUCUUCCAGCAGAAGUUCCUCGUCCAUUCCACUGUCUGUGUGUCAACCUCAUUAACCAUGAGUCUUUCUGCAAAAGACAAAGAGGCGGUGAAGACCUUCUUUGGCAAAGUUGCCUCUAAGGCUGAGGACAUUGGCAACGAGGCCCUGUCAAGGACUCUGUGGGUUUACCCUCAAACAAAGACUUACUUCUCUCACUGGGCAGACCUGAGCCCUGGCUCACCCAAUGUGAGAAAACAUGGGCUGACAGUAAUGAAGGGGGUCCUGACCGCUGUGGAUCUGAUCGAUGAUCUCAAGGCCGGUCUGCUCACCCUCAGCGAGCUUCACGCCUUCAUGCUGCGCGUCGACCCCGCUAACUUCAAGAUCAUCAAUCACAAUAUCCUUGUGGUGCUCGCCAUGAUGUUUCCUGAUGACUUCACUCCUGAAGUGCAUGUUUCUGUGGACAAGUUCCUCGCUCUGGUCAGCCUGGCCCUCUCUGAGAAGUACCGCUAAAGUGGACUCUGUAUUCAUCUCCGAUGCGACACUGUACUCGCCUUAAAGAGGAUGAAAAUAAUAAAAUGAAAUUCAUGAAACCAAGCAAUCUCC